CGCUCUCGUGGCCUUCUUGGCCUUGGCUUUCGAAAGGUUUGACCUUGAGGCUCCUGUAACUCCAUGCCCAAGGUUUUUCUCCAUCUACUUCCACUCCGGAGACGCCGUCUGCACGUACUUCAGUUCACUGCUCUCCGAAACUCACUCGGCAUCAUGACCGGCGUACCCGAUCACCCUCGCAUCCUGUAUAUCCACGGGCGCGUCUCCUCCAAGACCACCCCAAAACUCCAACACCUAUCCACCCGAUACCACACGCACUGUGUUGAAUACACGCCGGAGCAGGCGCAAGACUACGGUUGGGUUGUCAGGCAGCAAGCGCAAGCCAUUCGAGACUUCCAGCCCGACGUUGUCGUGGGGAGCAGCUAUGGAGGAAGUGUCGCCAUCACGCUCUGUCAACGCGGGUACGACGCGUUGACUGCUAAGAGCGGCGAUGACGGCGGGAAGAGAGCGGCGCGGGUCCUUGUCGCAGGCAGGAGGAACAGCGUGUUGGAGUCGGACAAGAAUGCUGAGUUGGUCGGAUGGGUUGGGCCUACCAUCUUGCUGGCCCAGGCCCAUGUCAGGAAGUUCGGGGCCCUGGACGAUGCACAUCGCGAGGCUAACGUCUGGUGGCCUGCGGAGGUGCCCGCCGACAUGUUCCACGGCACAAAAGACGACGUGAUUCCCGUGGAAGACACGAAGCUGCUUGCACACUCGCUGAAAAGCAAAAUCAAAUUGAGGAUCAAGAGCCCCGUCAUGGGCUUUAUCGAGUUCAAGGAGCUGCCAGGUGAAGAACAUCGGCUCGAGAGUCUGGCCAGCGGAGAUCAGCUCUUCCAAGCGGUGGCUAGAGUCACAGAGAGAUGGGAACAUGGACGGUCCUUGAUUCCGGAACCGGUGAGCCCAUGAGGAUUCCCGGAGGUGAUGGCCACUCUGAACCACCCCAUUGAUGCGGCCCACUCUGAUGCAGCGAACUCCAUAACUCGACAUGGUGGUAAUGGACGAGUGUAAUGAAAUAGUAUCAAUAUUAGCCAGUGGUGACGCAUGUCGCACUGUCACGACAGGUGUUCGUAAUCUGGGGGUAUCUAGCUAGUUACAAACUUUCGACAGGAGAAGAAUAAGGGUGUAUGCUACAUGUACU